CGCCCCCUGCCCCCCGGUAGCGCCGCCCCCCCCCGGCGCGGGGCAGGAUGAGCGGGCGGCGGGUGGACGCCAAGGUGGUGCUGCUGGGCCAGGAGGGCGCGGGCAAGAGCAGCCUGGUGGAGCGCUGCGCACACCGCCGCUUCCGAGCCGGGCCCUACCAGAACACCAUCGGUGCCGCCUUCGUGGCGAAGGUGAUGACGGUGGGGGACCAGGCGGUGACCCUGGGCAUCUGGGACACGGCCGGCUCGGAGCGCUACGAGGCCAUGAGCCGCAUCUACUACCGCGGGGCACGGGCUGCCAUCGUCUGCUACGACCUCACCAACAGCAGCAGCUUCCAGCGGGCCAAGUUCUGGGUGAACGAGCUGCAGAACUGCGAGGAGGGCUGCCGGAUCUACCUGUGCGGCACCAAGAGCGACCUGCUGGAGGACGACCCCCGGACACGAGCGGUCGAUUUCCACGAUGCUCAGGACUACGCUGACGAGGUGAAGGCAGAGCUCUUCGAGACCUCCAGCAAGACCGGGCAGAGCGUGGAUGAGUUGUUCCAGAAGGUGGCUGAGGACUACGUCCACUUCACCGCCUUCCAGGUGAUGACAGAGGAGAAAGGCGUCGACCUGGCGCAGAAGAGCAGCACCUACUUCUACAGCUGCUGCCACCAUUGAGGCCCCAUGCCCGAAGGGAAUCGCUGCUGCGGGGCGGCUGGCGCUCGCUGGACUCCUCCCGUUUUUUACUUGCUGUAUUUUAGCUGCACGAGCCGUCCGCGGCGCGCAAAGGGAGCGUGGCCCCAAGGACUUGCUCCCUUCCCCGGACUCGGCGUGCAGAGCUGCGUGGGGCUGGAAGGUUCCUGCGGCGUGAGGAGCUGCGGGGUCGCUGCCCCCCGACCCCAUACCCGCAGGAGCUGCAUCCCCGAGCCCCAGCAGCAGCCCCUAACUUAUUCUCUUGAACCAGCGCCUGAUUCUUUGCAGAUUAUUUAAGUGUCUCCUCCCGAGGUGUGCAAUGUAAAUAAAAUGCAUUGUGGUCUGAGAA